AUGGCCACCAAAGAAAAGCUUCAAGAGAUUUCAUCAACCAGUUCUCAACACACCGAUUCAAUUACUGAGAUUAAAUCUGAAAUCCAGUAUCUAAGUACUAAGAUGAACAUUAUCAUUGGGUUACUUGAGGCUGCACCGAACUCGAAUUCACCUCCAGAUCCUUCUGCAUCUGAGACUCCUCAAACAAAUCUGGAAAAUUCAAUUUCAGGCUUUCAGAAGCUGGUUCACAAUCUUUCUUAUACUGAAUAUCGUAAGUUCUCUCCUACUCCUAAAGUAGAUUUUCCUCGAUUCAAUGGUACAAAUCCCCGUGGUUGGGCUCUCAAAUGUGUAAGAUACUUCCAAUUACAUAAUAUUCCUGAUAAUGAACGUGUUGAUAUUGCUGCUAUUCACUUCGACUCUUCCGUAGAUCUGUGGUUUAUACCAACAGGUGGGUUAAAAGAGGAGAUCCGUACUAUGGUGCAAAUGUUUAAACCUGAUAAUAAUGCAGCAGCUUUUUACUUGGCUAUAUUGCAGCAAGCUUCCAUGCAUCACCAGCAUAAAUCAACUAAAUCCUUCUCGAAACCAUUUGCUCCCUCACCACUUUCUGUUUCCCACACACCAUCUACUAUCAAACCUUUUUUUACUCCAUCCUCCACAUUUACUAAUCACACUGCAUCAUCAUCAUCCCCCACUGUGACUCAUCCUACUACACCCACUAAAACAUCCUCAGACAAAUCUCUCCCUCCUGUUAAACGACUCACCCGUGCACAGAUGCAGGUUAGGAAACACAAAAGGCUUUGUUAUAAUUGUGAUGAGUUUUACAGAAAAGGGCAUAGAUGGAGAGAUUUCUUUACAUUCCUUGACAGGGAUGCCCCUGACACAAUUAGAAUUGUUGGUCAUCUUAAUAAGCACUUUGUCAUUAUCCUUAUUGAUACAGGAAACACUCAUUGUUUCAUUGAUGAUAAUUUAACUUCAAAGUUGGGUCUACAUGUUUCUCCAACUAGACAAAUGCUUGUCACAGUUGCUAAUGGAGAUAGCACUCUCAGUCAAGGUAUCUGCCACAACCUACAUUGGGAUAUGCAAGGCCAUCAAUUCUCUGCACAUUUACGAGUUCUUCCUCUUGGCGGUUGUGACAUUGUUUUAGGAGCUGAUUGGUUGCGCCAACUUGAUGAUGUUACAUUCAACUUCAGUCAAUUGAACAUUUUAUUUCUACAUCAAGGCAGCCAUAUCACACUUCAGGGUAUCACUUCUAAACCUUCUCUAAGCAUGAUUAGUGGAUCUUCAUUGAAGAAGUUUAUUAAGAGUAAUACUCCAGCCCUAAUUCCCCAGUUUUUCUCUAUUUCUACAACUCCUAUACUCACACCUCCACCUGCAGUUUCUACAUUAUUAGGGACAUUUGCAGAUGUUUUUGCAGAGCCUACUGGCCUUCCACCCUCUAGAUCACUUGACCACAAGAUUCCACUAAAACAUGGGUCUAACCCCACUUCUCAAAGACCAUAUAAAUGCCCCUUUAUAUAUAAGUCUGUCGUGGAGUCAUUGGUCUCUGAAAUUCUAUCUAGUGGAGUGAUCCAACCCAUCCAUAGCACAUUUUCUGCUCCUAUUCUCUUAGUCAAGAAGAAGGAUGGUACUUGGCAUUUUUUUGUCGAUUAUCGAAAGCUUAAUGAUAUUACGGCCAAGGAUAAAUUUCCUAUUCCUCUUAUUAAAGAAUUGUUGGAUGAGUUGAAUGGUUCUGUGGUAUUUUCCAGGAUUGAUCUUCGUUCUGGGUAUUACCAAAUCCGGGUUUAUGCACCUGACGUUCACAAGACUGCUUUUCGCACUCAUCAAGGCCAUUACGAGUUCAUAGUUAUGCCAUUUGGGCUUACUAACGCCCCUGCAACCUUUCAAGCACUCAUGAAUGAGGUGUUUCAGCCAUAUCCCCGUAAGUUUGUCCUUGUGUUUUUCGACGACAUCUUAGUCUACAGUCCAUCCAUUUCAGCAUACAUAGAACACCUUCAACUUACUUUAUCCUUGUUAAGGAAGCAUUUUUUAUUCGCAAAGAUGUCGAAAUGUGCCUUUGCUCAGCCACAACUAGAAUACCUUGGUCAUAUCAUUACUACCAAUGGUGUUGCUGCUGACCCUGACAAGGUUGCUGUAAUGGUUAAUUGGCCACAACCUCAUACACUGAACCAACUCAGAGGAUUCUUGGGGCUUACCGGUUACUACAGAAAAUUUAUUAAGGAUUAUGGCAACAUCUGCAAGCCACUGACUAAUAUGCUCAAAAGGGACUCUUUUUCUUGGAAUGAUGCUGCCACUCUUGCCUUCUCCACCAUCAAGCAGGCCAUGACAUCUGCACCAGUUUUGGCCUUACCUGAGUUUUGUCAGCCCUUUACUCUAGAAACUGAUGCAUGUUCAAGGGGAAUUGGUGUUUUACUUAUGCAGAAUAGUAAACCCAUUGCAUUCCUCAGCAAGCCAUUGGGUCCUAAGGUACUGGCCUUAUCUACCUAUGAGAAAGAAUUUUUGGCCAUUGUUAUGGCUGUUCAAAAGUGGAAACACUAUUUAAGCAACCAACAGUUUAUCAUACAUACAUACCAUCAAAGUUUGAAGUAUUUACUGGAUCAGAAUUUGUCUACUGCUUUACAACAAAAAUGGCUGGUCAAAUUGAUGGGUUUUGACUAUGUUAUCAAGUUCAAAAAAGGGUUAGAUAAUAAGGAGGCCACUCUGGAAUCAAUGGGAGAAAACUCACUUCCAGGUGGUCUACUUCAACCCCUUCCUAUACCUGACACUGCAUGGCAACACAUUUCUCUUGAUUUUAUAGAAGGGCUCCCAAUGUCUUUUAGGAAGAAUGUUAUCUUAGUGGUUGUGGAUAGACUGACUAAGUAUAGUCACUUUAUUCCUCCUGGCCAUCCCCUCACUGCUGUUACAGUUGCUAAAGAGUUCCUUGCACAUGUAUUUAAGCUCCAUGGCCUUCCUAGCUCCAUUGUAAGUGACAGGGACAAAAUCUUCAUCAGCAAUUUCUGGCAGGCACUAUUCAAGACUUUAGGUACCACCUUGAAACUCAGUUCUGCUUACCAUCCACAAACUGAUGGUCAUACUGAAAGAACCAAUGCUUGUGUUGAACAAUACUUGAGACAAUUACUUAAGGAGAGGGAUGUUAUGCUGCAAUUACUUAAAGAAGAACUGUCAAAAGCACAGAGUAGGAUGAAAUUUUUUGCAUAUCAAAAGAGAUCUGACAUGACAUUUGCAGUUGGUGAUCUAGUGUACUUGAACCUUCAGCCUUACAGGCAAACUUCAAUGGCUAUAAGAAAGAAUUUCAAGUUAUCUGCCAAAUACUUUGGCCCUUUUGAAGUUUUACAAAGAAUUGAGGAGGUUGCUUAUAAGUUGAAACUUCAUGUGGGGUCUAGGAUACACCCAGUCUUUGAUGUGUCACAGCUGAAGAAGAAAAUAGGCUUGCAGUCAACUACUUCAGCUCAGUUACCUUUGGUGGACCAUGCAGGCCAGUUUGUGAUUGAACCUGUAGCUGUUCUAGAUACUAGAAUUACUGUUAGAGGAUCUUCUCAGAUUCCCCAAGUUUUAGUACAGUGGUGCAAUGCAGACCCAGCUGAUUCAACAUGGGAGGAUGCUGCUCACAUCAAAGCUCAAUUUCCAUAUUCCAUCCUUGAGGACAAGGAUUUCUAA